AUGUCUGACUCUGCUGACGUGCUGUUGCAGAAGGCCAACAGGCUCCUCGCCAGUGCAGGCAAGGGUGGCCUUUUCAACUUCUUCAGCGGGGGAAGUGAGGAUAAAUACGAAGAGGCCGCAGACACGCUCGUGAAAGCCGCAGGUGCCUUGAUGGGGGAUGGGAAGUACAAAGAGGCAGCUAAAACCUACGAGAGAGCCGCUCAAAUCUACAACGACAAAACCGACAAGGACACGCGAGCUCUCGCCCCGAGGACCUAUAUCGAAGCCUUUAAGAUGUACAUAUACAAACCCAGGGAUCUUGAGAGCGCCGCACGAUGUGUCGACUUCGCCACCCAUUACUGGUCCCGUAAUAACAACGUCUACAUGGCGGCGAACAAGAUGGAGCCGAUGGGAGAUGCCUACGUCGCCGAGGUCCAGGAAAUCAAAGACAAGGAACGAAUCAUGAAGUUGAGGCAACAUGCUGUGGAAUGUUACGAAUCCGCAGCUAAAUGGUUCACUCUCACGACGAAUGCAAAUUUGGCGAACAGAAACAAGGUCAAGGCUGCCGAACACGCCGCCAUGAAUGCAGACUACCAGAGGGCUGCUAAACAUUACGAGGAACUCGCUAUAGCCUCGAAAGCCUCGACGACGUUCAUGCGGGGAUACUUUCUCUCGAACGGACUCUGCCAUCUUGCCGCAGGGGAUACUGUGGCCAUGGAACGAGCCCUCUUGGAAUACCCUGACCACGACCCAGGAUUCAAGGAGUCUCAUGAGGGCAAGCUUCUGGUCGGUCUGGCAGCUGCGCAGGAGGCCGCGGAACUGAAUGACUUUGAGGCCGCCGAGGCCGCAUAUGUUCAAAGCGGUCACUCCAAGACUCAGUAUAAUCAGAUGAUCUUUGAGUUGAUUUCGCGGGCCAAGAAAACCAUACCGGGACAGGCGGAAUCUGUGGAGAAUUUCAUGGGAAAGCCUGUGGAGGAACCGGUGGAGGUGGCGCCUGCGAACGCGGAGGCUGACAUGUAUUGA